AGUCACAUGUGACAACACUGAGCGUGCCACGCACAGCUAAUAUUAGCAGAAGCUCUGCUGUCAUGGAACAGGUCCUGUAUUUUGCCUCCAGAGUAAGUCAAGUUAGAAAUCAGCACCUGAAAGACAAGUCUCUCUACAGGCUCUAACAUGGCGUCCGGCUGUCCCAGCUGAUGCACGAAGGCCGAUAGGACUGUGAGAGGACGCCCUCACUGAGGUAAAUCGGGGUGGCAGAAGACACCAGGCUAAUACUCUACUAUGGCUUUUUGUACUUCCUUUAUUCCAUGCAAAUCCUUCUGUGCUGGGAUUUUUCUACUAGUGUAUUAAAAAUAAUAAGCCAAAAGGCUCAACAUGGUUGACGAAACGCGUGAGGUCUUACUCUUCCAUGAUGAAGAUCUCUCCUGUGGUUUGCUCAGGCAGCUGAAUCAACUGAGACAAGCCAACCUACUGACCGAUGUUAUCAUCAGCACAGAUGACUGUGAAUUUCCUUGUCAUCGGAAUGUCCUGGUCUCCAGUAGCCCUUACUUCAAAGCAAUGUUCUGCAACAAUUUUAGAGAAAGUGGCCAGGCUAGAGUGACUUUGAUGGGUAUUGAUUCAGAAACUCUUCACCAGAUAAUUACCUAUGUUUACACUGGAGAAAUCCUCAUAACGCUGCACAAUGUCUUUCAACUCAUUCAAGGUGCAUCGCUGCUACAGUAUGAAAAAUUACUGGGGACCUGCUUUAAGUUCCUUCAGGACCAAAUGACUCCUCAAAACUGCUUAAGUAUGAUUCGUCUUUCUGAUUUCUUUAAUUGCGAGAACCUCAAGGAGAAAGCUAGGCAAAUUGCACUGCAGUGCUUCAAAGAAGUAUCCAUUUCAGAAGACCUGAAGGACCUUUGUGUCUCAGAGUUGCUUGACUAUCUAGGAGACGAUGAUCUUUGUGGUGAAGAGGAACAAGUAUUUGAGACUCUGAUGGCAUGGAUCCGACAUGACGUUGAGGGGAGAAAGUGUUAUACGCAAGAACUAUUUGAAAAGGUCAGGCUUCAGUAUGUCCACCCAACGUUCCUCUUCCAUUUCAUAGCCAGUGACGCUCUUAUCCAGUCUUCCAUGGCUUGCCGAACCAUGCUGGAACAUGCAUGCACAGUAUUAUUCUCUCUCAACGCAAACAUUUCUCCAGAUAUUAAGCCCAUGUGGCAUGCCCCACGUCGCUUUUCCCACCAGGAGUUCCUUGUUAAUGUUGGAGGCCGGAAAGACAGCCAGCAGACAACCAGGGAUGUCUUGUUGUACAACGAGAAAGCCAACCAGUGGUUGAGGCUUGCCAAGCUCCCGCUGCGCUUACACAAAGCUUCCUCUGUCGGGUUGCAUGGUAAUGUGUAUGUCCUGGGGGGGCUGUCCAUUAGUAACAAGGGAAACAUAGUUACCUCGAGUGUAUAUAUUCUGUCUCUCAAAUUAAAUCAGUGGCGCAAAGGAGAAUCCAUGUUGGUUCCAAGGUAUUCUCACAGAAGUGUAGGAUACAGAAACUAUAUAUUCUCCAUAGGAGGAAUUGGCGAAAAACAGGAAAUUCUGAGCUCGGUGGAGAGGUUUGACAGCAUAUAUAAUGCCUGGAAGACCAUGUCUAGUAUGCCGGUUGCCGUCCUUCAUCCGGCAGUAGCUGCCAAAGACCAAAGAAUCUACCUUUUUGGUGGAGAGGAUGUGAAGCAAAAUCCUGUCCGGCUUAUACAGGUUUACCACAUUGCCCGAAACAUGUGGUUCAGGAUGGAGACCAGGAUGGUAAAAAAUGUGUGCGCCCCGGCGGUUGUCGUAGGUGACAAGAUUAUCAUAAUCGGAGGUUACACAAGAAGAAUAAUUGCGUAUGAUCUGACACAAAACACCUUUGUCAAAUGCGCCGACAUGAAGGACAGACGGAUGCACCACGGCGCCACAGUCCUGCAAAAUAAAAUUUAUGUGACGGGUGGCCGGUGCCUGAACGUGGACAAUACCAUCGAGGACUCAGAUUCCUUUGACUGCUAUGACCCUGACACAGACACAUGGACCUCCAAAGGGAAACUACCUAAUAGAUUGUUUGACCAUGGGUGUCUUACUCUGCAAUGUAUUCCAACACAUUUACACUGAGCAGCACCUUUCUCUGUGGCGGAUGGUGCAGUAUGGACAGGGGAGGUGGGCGUGGCUUGAUUUUGCCAUUCACUUCAAUGAACGGGUGGGUGGGGCACAGUGUAUGAAAAUGGUACUUUCAUUGAUUACGUAUCACUCAGGAGCUGGAGGGAGUACUGCGAUAGUUGUCGGAGACCAGAUUGUGCAAAAUUGUUGUGCGCAUGCUCAGAAAAAUGUGUUGAGCGUAAAUGGACCCAUGCAUAUUCAUUACAUUUUGCCACUCCAGUGGCUUCCACCCGAAUUGGCCGAUCAGGGUGGGACGUGCAUGGUCUGUUGUAAUCUACUGUGACUGCAUGCAGGCCUGGGAGGAGACAUUUGGCUGAAACAGAUGGACCGUUUGCGACUUUGCGGGCAGAGGUGAAUUUCUCAUUAGGCACGUGAGGCAUGUGUCUAGGGGCAGCACUUGGGCGGGGGGGUGAGCACUUGGAUGCUUGUUUCAUUUCUGUCAGCCCAAAAUUAUCAGUAACUGCUAAAUAUUUCUACUAGAACGUGAUAAUAAUGUCAACUGCCAGAUUUAGCAAAACAUUUCUGGCCAUCUCGCUGACACUGAUUGGUGCUUUCUUCAUCUUCCGGGCAUAGAAUAUGCUGCUGUCAGCUUUUGUGAGUGUGUUUCAGAGUUUUAAUUUUACCUUUUUCCCAUUUUUCUUUGGUACAGAAGAUAGAGGGUUGAUUCUGCUGUAAGAGAGGAAGGUUUUAGCUUUUAGAUUGAGCCAGAAGAGCAAAUGCAUUUGUCAGACGUGUGAGGGGAAGAGGACUGAAACAUGGUGGAAAGUCUGGCGCAUGGGUCUGUAACGCAUCCCUGUGGAAACCCUGGGCCCAUACGCAGAGGUUGCAGAGAUCAAUCGCAUCUACGUUGCCGUUUUGUGGAAAUAUACCCAUUUUGCAUGCACUUUUUUUUUUUUUUUUUUUUUUAGGUGUUCGGUGUUUUUAGGCAGUUCUGUUAUCUUUAUGCCUUCCAACGGAUAACUUCAUGCUAUUCUGUAUAAGAAGUACUACAGCAGACAUUUCAUAUUGGUAAUGAACAAUAAAUGUAUGUUUGUGUUAUGCUGAUGUAUAUGUUAUUUAACAUAAUGGGGCAGGUGCUCAUUAAAGUGCUUCCAUCAUGUGACUAGAGCAGAGGCAGCCAUUGGCUGUUUCAGAGGUGGACGCAGACGCAUACUUGCCUACCCUAUGGAAAAUUGGGUGCUGCUCCCAGCCUCCCGGAAAGGCAUACAAGUAUCCCCCAGUGCCGUCCAUCCAUCUGGCACCACCCACUGCCCCAAGUAAAGUGAGAGAGCUAGAUGGCCAAUGACGCAAAUCGUGCUGAUUCGCGUCAAUGUAGCCCCCCACCCCUCAUUAUUAUUGGCAUUCUAUGACGGGGGACAGGGCCACGAUGACACAAUCUCUGUGUGGAAGAGUCGCUGGUGGGGGAUAGAGACACAUGGGGAUAUUUCUCUACCCUUCACUAGAACCAUAGGAAGAGUCUCCAUUAUUGCAUACACCGGGCCUGAUUCAUUUUUGUAAGUAAAGCAAAAAAUGCUAGCAACUUUGUGUCUGGAACAAACCAUGUUGCCAUACAGGGAGAGAAAGUAAAUUUAUAUUGUUUCUGUGCAGGGUAAAUACUGGCUGCGUUUGCAUGUAGUCCACAAAUGUUAGACAGCUUUAUUUUUACACAUCAAUUUAGAUUUCAGUAUGAACACACCCCACCCAAUUCUAACUCUCUCUGCACAUAUUACAUCUGCCCCACCUGCAGUGCAACAUGGUUUUUCCCAGUUGCUUGCUUUUUUGCUUUACUUACAAAUAUGAAUCGAGCACACUCUGCACUGAGACAUGGAUCCUCUUCGAAAUACAUACUUACUAUGCAUUAAAACAAAUAUGCAGUACUACACAUAUACAUAACAGUGAUGUAUUCCUUCAUUGAAACAACCUCACUGAUUAAUGAGCAUUUGUUCUAUACAUGAUUUAUUCAUAAAUGCAUAAAUGUAGUCAAAUUGACUGGCUUGCAGUCACAUAGGUAACGGAAGUGCUCAGUUCAUAUUAGGCAUGAGUAUAUUUUAUGAUGUAAUGACAUGGUAGAAGCCCAAAUAAAAAUUUCAAAAAAUA